AGUAUUUUUCAGAUGGUACGUCCCAAACGAGUCAACUACGCCAACAUGACAAGUCAGGAAGUGAAGGGCGGUGGUUGAGUGGAAAAGAACAGCUCCCCUCCGUACGGCUUAGCUGACACAUCUGCUUAUUGUCGUCAGGGAUCGAAAAGCGUCAAGAUGUCGAGCAAACGCACAAAGACGAAGACCACCAAAAAGCGCCCCCAGCGCGCCACCUCCAAUGUCUUCGCCAUGUUCGACCAGUCGCAGAUUCAGGAGUUCAAGGAGGCUUUCAAUAUGAUCGACCAGAACCGCGACGGCUUUGUGGACAAGGAGGACCUCCACGACAUGCUCGCCUCGCUCGGGAAAAAUCCCAAUGAUGACUACCUGGAGGCUAUGAUGAACGAAGCUCCUGGGCCCAUCAACUUCACCAUGUUCCUCACCAUGUUUGGAGAAAAGCUCAACGGUACAGACCCUGAGGAUGUCAUCAGGAACGCCUUUGCUUGCUUUGACGAGGAAGGAACAGGUUUCAUCCCAGAAGAUUACCUCAGGGAGCUUCUGACAACUAUGGGAGACCGCUUCACGGACGACGAGGUGGACGAGCUCUUCCGUGAGGCGCCUAUCGACAAGAAGAACAACUUCAACUAUGUGGAAUUCACGCGCAUCCUAAAGCACGGCGCCAAGGAUAAGGACGAUUAAAACAAAAACAAAAGCCAGCAGAUGUGUUUUCCACCUUUUGUGUGUCAGCUGUACUGCCAAUUUCAACUCGUGUAAUAAAACGUUUUGUAAAACGCCAAAGCAAUAAAUUUCUGCUGUGUUGGAGGCGGAAUCGGGUUGAAGAUUUUUGUUUGUUUGUUGCUUUUUAUAAUAUAACUUUUGAAAUAAAGCCCUCUAUCGUGUUGGAUUAUUGCAAUGUGCUCUAUGUGGCAAUUCCAAAUAAAUGGUGCGGUUCAGUCAGA